GUAUUAAAGUUUUCUUCGAUAUUCGUAUUCCCAAUAAUGAGAAUACAAAGUUAUUUGAGUCCAAGGUAAAGAAUAUUCUUAUUAAAGGAAAAGAUGAUGAAGGAGAAACUGUAGAUAUGACUAAGCUCCGAAUAGAAUAUGUGAAGGCUUUUCCGAUCAGGGGAUAUCAUCCAGAAAAAUUGACAUAUUUACGUAUUGUUACAAAUACAAAAAAACAAAGAUCUAUAGCUCUUAAUAUUAUUCUAAAACAUAAUUCAGAAAUUGGAGGUACACAUAAGCUAGAAACAGCCUCGGAUGAUAUGAGAGCAUAUUAUCAAAAAGUUGCUAGAGAAUAUAGGAUACCACUUUCUAGAUGGGAUUAUAAAUACAAUAGCAAUGGAAUGCCUUAUAGUGCUCGCUCACCACUUUGUGAACAUGCGUUUUAUGUAUCUAUUAAUAAUUACUGCUCUAUGGAAAAUCCCUCAAUUUUAUACAAAAA